AUGCAUCCCACCAUUGCGCGAUUCUCGGUACAAUUGGCGCGUUCAACACCAUUGACACGUCCAGCUUUGGCAGCAACGACAAGCACCAUAAAAACGUGCAAUCGUUUAACGUUUCCAGUACAGCGUCAUGUCUUGACAGCACAACGAACGAUGGCGUCGAAGCCUACACGAGCUGAACGACCCGGCAGUAAACCUAUGGAUCGACCUCCACGUGAUGGUGAAAUAACAGCGAGAUUUAUCACCUAUGUGGAUGCUGAGGGACAAGUAGUGCAACAACGGGCACCUCUCGAACAAGUAUUACGCCAAUAUGAUAGCAGCAAAUACUUUUUGGUUCAAGUGGGUGGAGGACCUACUCCAGUAUGUCGAUUGUUUGAAAAGAAGGCCAUGUUCGAACGACAAAAGGCAAAAAAGAAAAGCAAGCAAGUCAAGACACCAGAAGCUAUUGUCAAAGAGAUCAUGCUUGGAUGGAAUGUGAGUGCACAUGAUAUGGAACACAAGUUGAGACACGCCAAGCAGUUUCUGGAUAAGGGCAACAAGGUCAAGAUUGAGAUUGUCAACAAGAAGGGACAAGUACGGCUUACACGUGAGGAGCAAAAAGAAUAUGUUAACCGUAUUAUGGAGCAAUUGACAGAAUAUAAACCCACCAAACCACCAGCAUUCUCAGGCGGUACUUGUAUCAUGCAAUUUGAAAAGAAAUAA